ACGCAGAUUCGGAGUUUGCCUUUACGCCAACGCUUAACCUCACUUUCUGGGGUGAAAGAAAUUUACGAAUAUCAGAACACAAAUGUUGAUUUUCAUCUCAUGAUUUUUUAAUCUGAUUAGUGAUUAUUCUUGUGCCAUACCAAGGGAACAAAAUGAAUGUGUUGAGGUCGUGCUCUCGUACUGCUAUUCAUUUGCAGACAAUAAAUUCCGUUACUUUUGUUGGCAAGAGAGGUAUUAGACGGUAUGUUUUCCCAAUGCUGAAGGAGAUCACACGUCGUAAGCGUAAGUUGGAACCGUCAUCCCCAGAGCCACGACGUGGAUUCCUGGAGUGGAACAGAGAGGCCGAGAUAUGGGCAUUCAAUCAGAGGCUCAAAGAGAACUUUGACAUGAAUAUUCUAACACGAGCUUUGACACAUAGAUCCUAUGUCAUCCAGGAAGAAAUGCAAAGAGAAAAGGCCGGGCUCGGUGAUUCUGAGCUGAAUAUCGAGGACAACAGGGAAUUGAUUGACAACGGAAGACAUCUGACGUCGAAAAUUGUGGAAAUUUAUCUGAGUACAACCCUUCCCAGAGCUCCAGAAGAAUGUAUUCUAGCUAUACAUGAUCAUCUGCUAUCGGAAGAAGUGCUGGCAAAUAGCGCAUCUCUCAUUGGGACUAAAGACUUGAUUUUGAGUGAGGAAUAUCCACCAUCAACAGAAACCCUAGCCAACACAUUCCUGGCUCUGGUCAGUGCUCUAUCGCGAAGUGUAGAUGAAAUUCAUACUAGCAAGUUCAUUCGAGAUUUUUUAAUUGCAACACUGGCUGAACGAGAUCUCAGUGAGCUAUGGUAUCCAGUGGAGCCUCUUAAAAUUUUAAACGAGAUUUUAACGAGAGACGGAAGAGAGCCCGCAGAGCCUCGACUAAUUGCUCAGAGUGGAGUAAAUACUGUAUUACCCGUUUACCAAGUUGGGUUGUAUUCAAAAAAGGAAUUUUUAGGCGCAGGCACCGAGGAUAACGUCGAGGCGGCUGUAAAAAUUGCAGCGAUAAAUGCACUCAACGAUCUGUUUGACCUAUCUCAGUCAAGUAAACCUAUAAAAUUCAAUCUCACUAUUGAUCCAUCCACUGAUCAGGUGAAAUGUCUACCACUGGAACAGUGGUGUACAGCCAAUAUUGAAAAACUUAUGCAAAGGAAUUAAUAUACAGUCUUGCAUUAUCUCUAUUUUUUAGAAUUAAAUAAAGGAAGCCAAUGUAAAUGGUUAAGUAUUAAGAAAAUAUAUUCAUCGCGUAUUUCUUAUAGACACGAUUACUACGCUAUUUUUCAUACAAUUUUUUAUAUGAUUUUCAAUGAAUAUCUCACAAUUAUCAAUUUAAAACAUCGAACAAACCACUCAUCUUAUCAAGAAGUUACCGGUCAGAACGGUCACCAACUACUACCAAAUUACUGUCUACCCCUUAUCCACUACCUUCUACAAAACGUGUCGACGUAAAUUGACUAUAAAUUUUAAAAUAAAUAAAUAUGAAUAUUCAA